AUGAUAUUAACCAACCCUAACCUUAGUCUUACGAAAGUUUGAAUUUUUUGCAGUUACCACUGUCCCUUCUACGGACGGCCCAGAACCAUCCCAUGUUGGUGGAAUUAAAGAAUGGAGAAACUUACAAUGGUCACUUGGUUAGCUGCGAUAAUUGGAUGAAUAUCAAUCUGAGAGAAGUAAUUUGUACAUCGCGUGAUGGAGAUAAAUUCUGGAGAAUGCCUGAAUGUUACAUCAGGGGAAGCACAAUAAAAUAUCUUAGAAUACCUGACGAAGUUAUUGAUAUGGUGAAAGAAGAAACAAUGGUCAAAGGCAGAGGUCGUGGAGAGAUGAGGGGUAGAGGUGGACAAGCUCAAAGAGGAAGAGGUGGAGGACGAGGGUCAUUUGGUGGCCGUGGAGGAAGACCAGCCCCCCUUGGCCGAGGUGGAAUUGGGCGAAAUCCACCAAAUAAACAGAAGAAUAAGUAGUGGUAUUAUGUGAUCUCCAAUGUACUGAAAGCUCCGUAUUUAAAAACACUUCUUUAAAUUUGAAAAGAUGUGUGAUUGAGAAAGUUCUGUACGCUUAUUUUAUUUUUGCCAGGAACUCAAGUCUAAGGAACAAUAAUUUAUUUAUAAUGGGAGGUAUGCUAGUGGAUUAUUUUGUAAUUAUGGUGUUCCAGAAACACUGCUUUUGUUGUGUGUUUUUGUUCAUGUGCAAGUAUUACACAAUACCACUGUGGUUCAAUUAAUGUUCAUAUCAGUGGACUGAUCUGUACAUUUUAUUGCCCAGUGUGCUUCCAGGUACAAUAACUUUUCAACAGCAUCUGUAUACAGCAUGUAUGCAACUAAAAACAUUUACCUCAUACUAAAGCUACAAUUAGAAUA